AUGGUUGCACGUAGCACAGGUCCUGAUGCACAUGUGACCUCCGUUCAAGCCCAGGAUGAUGAACAACAAUCAAAAUCAAACUAUGUUUCUCCAUCCAUCCUGCAGCGACAAAAUUAUUUUCCACCAGCUUCAAAAUCCCGAGAAGUGACAAUCAUUCCACCUUUGCAAAACACACUGAAAGUAAAGGCUGGCAACCCCUCUCACAAUGGCCGUGUGUGCAGCACGUGGGGUAACUUCCACUUCAAGACCUUUGACGGGGACAUAUUUUACUUCCCUGGUGUCUGCAACUACAUCUUUGCAUCCAACUGCAAAUCUCCCUAUGAGGACUUCAACAUCCAGAUUAGGCGUACAAUGGUGGAAAAUGCUACCAUGAUCACUCACGUCAUCAUGAAGCUGGAAGGAGCAGUGAUUGAACUGACCCGCGGCUCUGUCCUGCUUGAUGGCAAACCGGUUCAGAUGCCCUACAGCCAUAUGGGAGUCUUGAUAGAGAGAAGUAACAGCUAUUUGAAAGUUUCUGCCAAGUUAGGACUGACCUUCCUUUGGAAUGAAGAGGAUGCCCUCCUGGUGGAACUAGAUAAGAAAUAUGCCAAUCAAACUUGCGGACUUUGCGGGGACUUCAAUGGAAUUCCAAUUAGCAAUGAAUUUAUUUCAGAGAAGAUAAAACUGACUCCCAUACAGUUUGGGAAUAGGCAGAAGAUGGAUGGACCCACAGAGCAGUGUGCUGAUCCUAUUCCUUCUGUUGUUCCAGUGAACUGCUCAGCUGAAUUUGCUUCUAUCUGUGAGACAGUAUUAACCAGUAAAGCAUUUACAAGCUGUAAUGCGCUUGUGAAUGUUCAGGACUACAUUGAAACUUGCAUACAAGACCUAUGCCACUGUGAUAGCUCUAUGGCUGACUUCUGCAUGUGCAACACCUUUGCUGAAUACUCCCGGCAGUGCGCUCAUGCAGGUGGACAGCCUCUGAACUGGAGAACCUCAGAACUGUGUCCCAAAUUAUGUCCUUUCAACAUGCAAUACCAGGAGUGUGGCUCCCCCUGCUCUGACACGUGCAGCAACCCAGAACGAUCUGCACUUUGUGAAGAUCAUUGUACAGAUGGCUGCGUCUGCCCUCCAGGAAUGGUAUUUGAUGACAUUAAUGGUGCUGGCUGCGUUCCCCGUAAAGACUGCCACUGUACCUAUGAAGGUGAAACUUAUGCUCCUGGUGCCUCCUUCUCAUCUAAAUGCAGAUCAUGUACCUGUAUUGGAGGUGAAUGGUCUUGUGUCACCCAGGCAUGCCCCGGGACCUGCAGUAUCGAAGGAGGCUCCCACAUUUCAACAUUUGAUGAGAAAUAUUAUUCCUUCUUUGGAGACUGUAGCUAUGUCCUAACCAAGCUCUGUGACAGCAAUGAAUUCACUGUUCUGGGAGAUAUCCACAAGUGUGGCCUGACUGACACUGAGACAUGCCUCAAGGGUAUAGCCGUCAGCCUAAAUGGAGGACAAACUAACAUUGUGAUCCAGCCUUCUGGCAGUGUAUUUGUGAAUAUGAUCUACACACAGCUGCCAUUCUCUGCAGCGAAUGUCACCAUCUUCAGACCAUCAUCUUUCUUCAUCAUUCUGCAAACAACCUUUGGUCUUCAGCUACAGGUUCAGCUUGUGCCCCUCAUGCAACUUUUUAUAGAGUUAGAUCCAUCAUAUAAAGGGCAGACCUGUGGUCUCUGUGGAAACUUCAAUGACAUGCAGACAGAUGAUUUCAAAACCACCAGUGGUGUAAUAGAGGGUACUUCAGCUGCCUUUGGCAAUACUUGGAAAACUCGGGCUGAUUGUCCUGAUGCCAAAAAUACCUUUGAGAACCCCUGUAGUGUCAGCAUACAAAAUGACCAGUAUGCUCAGCACUGGUGUGGACUGCUCUCUGAUACCACUGGACCUUUUGCUGAAUGUCACUCAACAGUGAAUCCAGAAGUUUACCAGAAGAACUGCAUGUUUGACACGUGUAACUGUGAGAAGAGUGAGGAAUGCAUGUGUGCUGCCCUUUCCAGCUAUGUCAGGGCCUGUGCCGCCAAAGGAGUUCUCCUCACUGGAUGGAGGAGCAAAGCCUGCACAAAACACACCACCUUGUGUCCGAAAUCCUUGAAGUACACUUACAAUGUCGAUUCCUGUCAACCCACCUGCCGGUCUCUGAGUGAGCCUGAUGUCACAUGCAGCAUCAAGUUUGUCCCAGUUGAUGGCUGCACCUGCAUAAACGGAACCUACAUGGACGAAAGUGGCAAAUGUGUGCCUGCUUCUAGCUGUCCUUGUUACUACAAAGGAAUGCCUCUGUCUUCUGGAGAAGUUAUUCAUGAUAAUGGUGUUGUCUGCACUUGCACCUAUGGAAAGCUGAGCUGCAUUGGAGAGAAACCUGAACCAGUCUGCGUACCUCCCAUGGUCUAUAUUGACUGUGGCAAUGCCACUGCAGAUGUGGUAGGAGCAGGAUGCCAGAAGAGCUGUCAGACUCUAGAUAUGGAAUGCUACAGAACCCACUGUGUCUCUGGCUGUGUAUGUCCUCAUAACCAAGUGUUGGAUGGCAAAGGUGGCUGUAUAGCUCCAGAAGACUGUCCAUGUGUUCACAAUGGGAAUUCCUACAGUCCAGGAGAAUCAAUCAGAGUUGGCUGUAACAACUGUACAUGUAGAAACAGAAAAUGGCACUGCUCCGAGGAACCUUGCCUGGAAACCUGUUCUGUUUAUGGAGAUGGGCAUUACACCACCUUUGAUGGUAAACGCUUUGAUUUUGAAGGAGACUGUGAAUAUGUUCUGGUCCAGAACUACUGUGGUCAACAAGGUAUGAAUCAGGGAACCUUCAGAGUCAUCACUGAGAACAUUCCAUGUGGCACUACAGGAACCACCUGCUCUAAGUCUAUUAAAGUUUUCCUGGGGAACUAUGAGCUGGUACUCAGUGAUGGACACUCUGAUGUCAUCCAGAGGACACCUGGAGGAAAAAUGCCAUUCCAAAUCCGUUCCAUGGGCAUCUACCUGGUGGUUGACACUACUGUUGGCCUGAUACUCAUGUGGGACAAGAAAACCAGUAUAUUCAUCAAACUUAGUCCCAGCUUUCAGGGACAUAUCUGUGGACUUUGCGGAAACUAUGAUGGCAAUGGAAAUAAUGACUUCACUACUCGCAGCCAGUCUGUGGUAGGAAAUCUGCUGGAGUUUGCCAAUAGCUGGAAAGUGUCUUCUAGUUGCCCAAAUGCCAAUCGUACCAAGGAUCCAUGCACUGCAAACCCAUACAGGAAAGCCUGGGCACAGAAGCAAUGCAGCAUCAUUACCAGUGACGUGUUUGCGAAGUGUCACUCCCAGGUUGAACCAAAUGAAUAUUAUCAAGCAUGCGUGGAUGAUGCUUGUGCCUGCGACACUGGAGGAGACUGUGAAUGUUUCUGUACAGCAGUAGCCGCCUAUGCUCAAGCGUGCAAUGAGCUGGACAUCUGCAUUUCAUGGAGAACCCCAUCCAUUUGUCCUCUGUUCUGCGACUACUACAAUCCACAAGGGGAAUGCGAGUGGCACUACAAGCCAUGUGGAGCCCCUUGUAUGAAGACCUGCAAAAAUCCAAGCGGGAAGUGCCUUCAUGAGUUGAGAGGUUUGGAAGGCUGCUAUCCACACUGUCCAAAGAAUAAGCCCUAUUUUGAUGAAGACACCAUGACUUGUGUUUCUAAUUGUGGUUGUUAUGAAAAUGGAAAAAAUUACAAACCAGGAAUGCAGAUGCCUUCAAAGCAGAAUUGUCAAUCAUGUGAAUGCACAAAUCAGGGCAAAAAAUGCAAAUAUGAUGAAUACGAAUGUGUCUGCAUUUAUGAGGGACAGAAAUACAACUAUAAAGAUGUGAUCUAUAAUACUACAGAUGGCACAGGAGGGUGUAUUGUCGCAACCUGUGGUCCCAACGGAACACUUCAAAGGGUUGUCUAUGAAUGUCCAAUCUCAACAUCACCCACAACAGCAACGACAUUUCACUUCAGCACUACUCCACCUGCCACUACUUCCACAGUGUCACCAACUACAUCAGUAUGUGUUCAUGAAGUUUGUGAGUGGUCAGAAUGGUAUGAUGGGAGUCUGCAAACACCUGGCUACGAUGGUGGAGAUUUUGAAACAUUUGAUGAUUUGAGAGCUAAAGGUUAUGAAGUCUGUAAAGCUCCACGGGCUGUUCAAUGCAGAGCAGAGAAAUACCCUAAUAUGCCACUGAAAGAUCUUGGCCAAAAAGUAGAAUGCAGUACAACAACUGGGCUUAUAUGUUACAACAAAGAUCAAAUUUCAACAAUGUGCAACAAUUAUGAAAUCAGAAUCUUAUGCUGUGUUUUUGUACCGUGCUCUUCCACAACACAUUUCAGCACAUCAACACCAAUCACAACUGCAACUAAGAGCACAGAAACAUCAAGUACAACUGAAGAAACUACAUCAUUUUCAACCACUACUACAUCACCAGUUAUGUCAACUUCUAAAAGUACAAUAUUCACACCUUCAGCUACCAAAGAACCAAUGACAAGCACAACAGAAAUGACAACACCCAUCACCACUUCUCCUUCAACAAUCCCUCUUUGCAUAAAAGAAGAAUGUUACUGGUCAAUAUGGUACGAUGUCAGUUAUCCAGGGUCUGGAUACGAUGAUGGAGAUUUUGAUACAAUUCAGAACAUUAAAAAUAAGGGAUACCAAGUCUGUGAAAACAGAAAGGAUGUUGAAUGCAGAGCAGUAAGGUUCCCUAAUAUACCAUAUCCCCUCCUGGAGCAAAACAUAACAUGUAAUACAGAAGAAGGGCUGAAAUGCUACAAUAAAGACCAACUACCACCCAUCUGUUAUAACUAUAAACUAAGAUUUAAAUGCUGUACAAAUAAGACAGUACCGUGUGAACCAACUACAUCACCCCAUACAACUCCACAAGAAUCAAAGCCAACCUCAAUUAUUUCAACAACUCCAAGUACAUCAACCACAGAAGUAUGGACAACACCAUACGUACAAACCAAACAUAAGACAACUACAGUACCAACAACUCCACCAAGAACAGAUUAUAUUCAUACUAAUGUGACCUCCACCACCACCCAGUCCACUACCACCUGUGAACCCGAAGUGUGCUCCUGGAGCGAAUGGUUCGACGUCGACUUCCCCUCCUCGGGGCCCAGCCAGGGAGACUUCGAAACCUACCAGCACAUCCGGGCCGCCGGGAAGGAAGUCUGUCAACAUCCCAAGGAAAUAGACUGCCGGGCGGAGGACUACCCCGAGGUUUCCAUCGAAAAUAUCGGACAGGUCGUGCAGUGCGACGUCCACUUUGGACUGGUGUGCAAGAACGAAGACCAGACGGGCAAAGUCAGGAUGUGCUUCAACUACAAGAUCCGCGUCCUCUGCUGCAGCCCUAACUACAACUGCCCAACCACCAGCCCCGCGCACACCACCAGCCCCACCACCACCACCCCCCGCUCGUCAACCAGCACCGCCCCAACCUCCACCACCGUCACGACCUCCACCUCCACGUCCUACUCCACCACCACGGGGCCCACCUCCUCAGAAACCACACUGCAAACCUCCACCAGCACCACCAGACCCACGCCGACAUCUACCAUAUACAUCCCCACCACCACCUCCACCACCACCCAGUCCACUACCACCUGUGAACCCGAAGUGUGCUCCUGGAGCGAAUGGUUCGACGUCGACUUCCCCUCCUCGGGGCCCAGCCAGGGAGACUUCGAAACCUACCAGCACAUCCGGGCCGCCGGGAAGGAAGUCUGUCAACAUCCCAAGGAAAUAGACUGCCGGGCGGAGGACUACCCCGAGGUUUCCAUCGAAAAUAUCGGACAGGUCGUGCAGUGCGACGUCCACUUUGGACUGGUGUGCAAGAACGAAGACCAGACGGGCAAAGUCAGGAUGUGCUUCAACUACAAGAUCCGCGUCCUCUGCUGCAGCCCUAACUACAACUGCCCAACCACCAGCCCCGCGCACACCACCAGCCCCACCACCACCACCCCCCGCUCGUCAACCAGCACCGCCCCAACCUCCACCACCGUCACGACCUCCACCUCCACGUCCUACUCCACCACCACGGGGCCCACCUCCUCAGAAACCACACUGCAAACCUCCACCAGCACCACCAGACCCACGCCGACAUCUACCAUAUACAUCCCCACCACCACCUCCACCACCACCCAGUCCACUACCACCUGUGAACCCGAAGUGUGCUCCUGGAGCGAAUGGUUCGAUGUCGACUUCCCCUCCUCGGGGCCCAGCCAGGGAGACUUCGAAACCUACCAGCACAUCCGGGCCGCCGGGAAGGAAGUCUGUCAACAUCCCAAGGAAAUAGACUGCCGGGCGGAGGACUACCCCGAGGUUUCCAUCGAAAAUAUCGGACAGGUCGUGCAGUGCGACGUCCACUUUGGACUGGUGUGCAAGAACGAAGACCAGACGGGCAAAGUCAGGAUGUGCUUCAACUACAAGAUCCGCGUCCUCUGCUGCAGCCCUAACUACAACUGCCCAACCACCAGCCCCGCACACACCACCAGCCCCACCACCACCACCCCCCGCUCGUCAACCAGCACCGCCCCAACCUCCACCACCGUCACGACCUCCACCUCCACGUCCUACUCCACCACCACGGGGCCCACCUCCUCAGAAACCACACUGCAAACCUCCACCAGCACCACCAGACCCACGCCGACAUCUACCAUAUACAUCCCCACCACCACCUCCACCACCACCCAGUCCACUACCACCUGUGAACCCGAAGUGUGCUCCUGGAGCGAAUGGUUCGACGUCGACUUCCCCUCCUCGGGGCCCAGCCAGGGAGACUUCGAAACCUACCAGCACAUCCGGGCCGCCGGGAAGGAAGUCUGUCAACAUCCCAAGGAAAUAGACUGCCGGGCGGAGGACUACCCCGAGGUUUCCAUCGAAAAUAUCGGACAGGUCGUGCAGUGCGACGUCCACUUUGGACUGGUGUGCAAGAACGAAGACCAGACGGGCAAAGUCAGGAUGUGCUUCAACUACAAGAUCCGCGUCCUCUGCUGCAGCCCUAACUACAACUGCCCAACCACCAGCCCCGCGCACACCACCAGCCCCACCACCACCACCCCCCGCUCGUCAACCAGCACCGCCCCAACCUCCACCACCGUCACGACCUCCACCUCCACGUCCUACUCCACCACCACGGGGCCCACCUCCUCAGAAACCACACUGCAAACCUCCACCAGCACCACCAGACCCACGCCGACAUCUACCAUAUACAUCCCCACCACCACCUCCACCACCACCCAGUCCACUACCACCUGUGAACCCGAAGUGUGCUCCUGGAGCGAAUGGUUCGACGUCGACUUCCCCUCCUCGGGGCCCAGCCAGGGAGACUUCGAAACCUACCAGCACAUCCGGGCCGCCGGGAAGGAAGUCUGUCAACAUCCCAAGGAAAUAGACUGCCGGGCGGAGGACUACCCCGAGGUUUCCAUCGAAAAUAUCGGACAGGUCGUGCAGUGCGACGUCCACUUUGGACUGGUGUGCAAGAACGAAGACCAGACGGGCAAAGUCAGGAUGUGCUUCAACUACAAGAUCCGCGUCCUCUGCUGCAGCCCUAACUACAACUGCCCAACCACCAGCCCCGCGCACACCACCAGCCCCACCACCACCACCCCCCGCUCGUCAACCAGCACCGCCCCAACCUCCACCACCGUCACGACCUCCACCUCCACAUCCUACUCCACCACCACGGGGCCCACCUCCUCAGAAACCACACUGCAAACCUCCACCAGCACCACCAGACCCACGCCGACAUCUACCAUAUACAUCCCCACCACCACCUCCACCACCACCCAGUCCACUACCACCUGUGAACCCGAAGUGUGCUCCUGGAGCGAAUGGUUCGACGUCGACUUCCCCUCCUCGGGGCCCAGCCAGGGAGACUUCGAAACCUACCAGCACAUCCGGGCCGCCGGGAAGGAAGUCUGUCAACAUCCCAAGGAAAUAGACUGCCGGGCGGAGCACUACCCCGAGGUUUCCAUCGAAAAUAUCGGACAGGUCGUGCAGUGCGACGUCCACUUUGGACUGGUGUGCAAGAACGAAGACCAGACGGCCCUAACUACAAGCCCAACCACCAGCCCCGCGCACACCACCAGCCCCACCACCACCACCCCCCGCUCGUCAACCAGCACCGCCCCAACCUCCACCACCGUCACGACCUCCACCUCCACGUCCUACUCCACCACCACGGGGCCCACCUCCUCAGAAACCACACUGCAAACCUCCACCAGCACCACCAGACCCACGCCGACAUCUACCAUAUACAUCCCCACCACCACCUCCACCACCACCCAGUCCACUACCACCUGUGAACCCGAAGUGUGCUCCUGGAGCGAAUGGUUCGACGUCGACUUCCCCUCCUCGGGGCCCAGCCAGGGAGACUUCGAAACCUACCAGCACAUCCGGGCCGCCGGGAAGGAAGUCUGUCAACAUCCCAAGGAAAUAGACUGCCGGGCGGAGGACUACCCCGAGGUUUCCAUCGAAAAUAUCGGACAGGUCGUGCAGUGCGACGUCCACUUUGGACUGGUGUGCAAGAACGAAGACCAGACGGGCAAAGUCAGGAUGUGCUUCAACUACAAGAUCCGCGUCCUCUGCUGCAGCCCUAACUACAACUGCCCAACCACCAGCCCCGCGCACACCACCAGCCCCACCACCACCACCCCCCGCUCGUCAACCAGCACCGCCCCAACCUCCACCACCGUCACGACCUCCACCUCCACGUCCUACUCCACCACCACGGGGCCCACCUCCUCAGAAACCACACUGCAAACCUCCACCAGCACCACCAGACCCACGCCGACAUCUACCAUAUACAUCCCCACCACCACCUCCACCACCACCCAGUCCACUACCACCUGUGAACCCGAAGUGUGCUCCUGGAGCGAAUGGUUCGACGUCGACUUCCCCUCCUCGGGGCCCAGCCAGGGAGACUUCGAAACCUACCAGCACAUCCGGGCCGCCGGGAAGGAAGUCUGUCAACAUCCCAAGGAAAUAGACUGCCGGGCGGAGGACUACCCCGAGGUUUCCAUCGAAAAUAUCGGACAGGUCGUGCAGUGCGACGUCCACUUUGGACUGGUGUGCAAGAACGAAGACCAGACGGGCAAAGUCAGGAUGUGCUUCAACUACAAGAUCCGCGUCCUCUGCUGCAGCCCUAACUACAACUGCCCAACCACCAGCCCCGCACACACCACCAGCCCCACCACCACCACCCCCCGCUCGUCAACCAGCACCGCCCCAACCUCCACCACCGUCACGACCUCCACCUCCACGUCCUACUCCACCACCACGGGGCCCACCUCCUCAGAAACCACACUGCAAACCUCCACCAGCACCACCAGACCCACGCCGACAUCUACCAUAUACAUCCCCACCACCACCUCCACCACCACCCAGUCCACUACCACCUGUGAACCCGAAGUGUGCUCCUGGAGCGAAUGGUUCGACGUCGACUUCCCCUCCUCGGGGCCCAGCCAGGGAGACUUCGAAACCUACCAGCACAUCCGGGCCGCCGGGAAGGAAGUCUGUCAACAUCCCAAGGAAAUAGACUGCCGGGCGGAGGACUACCCCGAGGUUUCCAUCGAAAAUAUCGGACAGGUCGUGCAGUGCGACGUCCACUUUGGACUGGUGUGCAAGAACGAAGACCAGACGGGCAAAGUCAGGAUGUGCUUCAACUACAAGAUCCGCGUCCUCUGCUGCAGCCCUAACUACAACUGCCCAACCACCAGCCCCGCGCACACCACCAGCCCCACCACCACCACCCCCCGCUCGUCAACCAGCACCGCCCCAACCUCCACCACCGUCACGACCUCCACCUCCACGUCCUACUCCACCACCACGGGGCCCACCUCCUCAGAAACCACACUGCAAACCUCCACCAGCACCACCAGACCCACGCCGACAUCUACCAUAUACAUCCCCACCACCACCUCCACCACCACCCAGUCCGCUACCACCUGUGAACCCGAAGUGUGCUCCUGGAGCGAAUGGUUCGACGUCGACUUCCCCUCCUCGGGGCCCAGCCAGGGAGACUUCGAAACCUACCAGCACAUCCGGGCCGCCGGGAAGGAAGUCUGUCAACAUCCCAAGGAAAUAGACUGCCGGGCGGAGGACUACCCCGAGGUUUCCAUCGAAAAUAUCGGACAGGUCGUGCAGUGCGACGUCCACUUUGGACUGGUGUGCAAGAACGAAGACCAGACGGGCAAAGUCAGGAUGUGCUUCAACUACAAGAUCCGCGUCCUCUGCUGCAGCCCUAACUACAACUGCCCAACCACCAGCCCCGGGCACACCACCAGCCCCACCACCACCACCCCCCGCUCGUCAACCAGCACCGCCCCAACCUCCACCACCGUCACGACCUCCACCUCCACGUCCUACUCCACCACCACGGGGCCCACCUCCUCAGAAACCACACUGCAAACCUCCACCAGCACCACCAGACCCACGCCGACAUCUACCAUAUACAUCCCCACCACCACCUCCACCACCACCCAGUCCACUACCACCUGUGAACCCGAAGUGUGCUCCUGGAGCGAAUGGUUCGACGUCGACUUCCCCUCCUCGGGGCCCAGCCAGGGAGACUUCGAAACCUACCAGCACAUCCGGGCCGCCGGGAAGGAAGUCUGUCAACAUCCCAAGGAAAUAGACUGCCGGGCGGAGGACUACCCCGAGGUUUCCAUCGAAAAUAUCGGACAGGUCGUGCAGUGCGACGUCCACUUUGGACUGGUGUGCAAGAACGAAGACCAGACGGGCAAAGUCAGGAUGUGCUUCAACUACAAGAUCCGCGUCCUCUGCUGCAGCCCUAACUACAACUGCCCAACCACCAGCCCCGCGCACACCACCAGCCCCACCACCACCACCCCCCGCUCGUCAACCAGCACCGCCCCAACCUCCACCACCGUCACGACCUCCACCUCCACGUCCUACUCCACCACCACGGGGCCCACCUCCUCAGAAACCACACUGCAAACCUCCACCAGCACCACCAGACCCACGCCGACAUCUACCAUAUACAUCCCCACCACCACCUCCACCACCACCCAGUCCGCUACCACCUGUGAACCCGAAGUGUGCUCCUGGAGCGAAUGGUUCGACGUCGACUUCCCCUCCUCGGGGCCCAGCCAGGGAGACUUCGAAACCUACCAGCACAUCCGGGCCGCCGGGAAGGAAGUCUGUCAACAUCCCAAGGAAAUAGACUGCCGGGCGGAGGACUACCCCGAGGUUUCCAUCGAAAAUAUCGGACAGGUCGUGCAGUGCGACGUCCACUUUGGACUGGUGUGCAAGAACGAAGACCAGACGGGCAAAGUCAGGAUGUGCUUCAACUACAAGAUCCGCGUCCUCUGCUGCAGCCCUAACUACAACUGCCCAACCACCAGCCCCGGGCACACCACCAGCCCCACCACCACCACCCCCCGCUCGUCAACCAGCACCGCCCCAACCUCCACCACCGUCACGACCUCCACCUCCACGUCCUACUCCACCACCACGGGGCCCACCUCCUCAGAAACCACACUGCAAACCUCCACCAGCACCACCAGACCCACGCCGACAUCUACCAUAUACAUCCCCACCACCACCUCCACCACCACCCAGUCCACUACCACCUGUGAACCCGAAGUGUGCUCCUGGAGCGAAUGGUUCGACGUCGACUUCCCCUCCUCGGGGCCCAGCCAGGGAGACUUCGAAACCUACCAGCACAUCCGGGCCGCCGGGAAGGAAGUCUGUCAACAUCCCAAGGAAAUAGACUGCCGGGCGGAGCACUACCCCGAGGUUUCCAUCGAAAAUAUCGGACAGGUCGUGCAGUGCGACGUCCACUUUGGACUGGUGUGCAAGAACGAAGACCAGACGGGCAAAGUCAGGAUGUGCUUCAACUACAAGAUCCGCGUCCUCUGCUGCAGCCCUAACUACAACUGCCCAACCACCAGCCCCGCGCACACCACCAGCCCCACCACCACCACCCCCCGCUCGUCAACCAGCACCGCCCCAACCUCCACCACCGUCACGACCUCCACCUCCACGUCCUACUCCACCACCACGGGGCCCACCUCCUCAGAAACCACACUGCAAACCUCCACCAGCACCACCAGACCCACGCCGACAUCUACCAUAUACAUCCCCACCACCACCUCCACCACCACCCAGUCCACUACCACCUGUGAACCCGAAGUGUGCUCCUGGAGCGAAUGGUUCGACGUCGACUUCCCCUCCUCGGGGCCCAGCCAGGGAGACUUCGAAACCUACCAGCACAUCCGGGCCGCCGGGAAGGAAGUCUGUCAACAUCCCAAGGAAAUAGACUGCCGGGCGGAGGACUACCCCGAGGUUUCCAUCGAAAAUAUCGGACAGGUCGUGCAGUGCGACGUCCACUUUGGACUGGUGUGCAAGAACGAAGACCAGACGGGCAAAGUCAGGAUGUGCUUCAACUACAAGAUCCGCGUCCUCUGCUGCAGCCCUAACUACAACUGCCCAACCACCAGCCCCGCGCACACCACCAGCCCCACCACCACCACCCCCCGCUCGUCAACCAGCACCGCCCCAACCUCCACCACCGUCACGACCUCCACCUCCACGUCCUACUCCACCACCACGGGGCCCACCUCCUCAGAAACCACACUGCAAACCUCCACCAGCACCACCAGACCCACGCCGACAUCUACCAUAUACAUCCCCACCACCACCUCCACCACCACCCAGUCCACUACCACCUGUGAACCCGAAGUGUGCUCCUGGAGCGAAUGGUUCGACGUCGACUUCCCCUCCUCGGGGCCCAGCCAGGGAGACUUCGAAACCUACCAGCACAUCCGGGCCGCCGGGAUGGAAGUCUGUCAACAUCCCAAGGAAAUAGACUGCCGGGCGGAGGACUACCCCGAGGUUUCCAUCGAAAAUAUCGGACAGGUCGUGCAGUGCGACGUCCACUUUGGACUGGUGUGCAAGAACGAAGACCAGACGGCCCUAACUACAAGCCCAACCACCAGCCCCGCGCACACCACCAGCCCCACCACCACCACCCCCCGCUCGUCAACCAGCACCGCCCCAACCUCCACCACCGUCACGACCUCCACCUCCACAUCCUACUCCACCACCACGGGGCCCACCUCCUCAGAAACCACACUGCAAACCUCCACCAGCACCACCAGACCCACGCCGACAUCUACCAUAUACAUCCCCACCACCACCUCCACCACCACCCAGUCCACUACCACCUGUGAACCCGAAGUGUGCUCCUGGAGCGAAUGGUUCGACGUCGACUUCCCCUCCUCGGGGCCCAGCCAGGGAGACUUCGAAACCUACCAGCACAUCCGGGCCGCCGGGAAGGAAGUCUGUCAACAUCCCAAGGAAAUAGACUGCCGGGCGGAGGACUACCCCGAGGUUUCCAUCGAAAAUAUCGGACAGGUCGUGCAGUGCGACGUCCACUUUGGACUGGUGUGCAAGAACGAAGACCAGACGGGCAAAGUCAGGAUGUGCUUCAACUACAAGAUCCGCGUCCUCUGCUGCAGCCCUAACUACAACUGCCCAACCACCAGCCCCGCGCACACCACCAGCCCCACCACCACCACCCCCCGCUCGUCAACCAGCACCGCCCCAACCUCCACCACCGUCACGACCUCCACCUCCACGUCCUACUCCACCACCACGGGGCCCACCUCCUCAGAAACCACACUGCAAACCUCCACCAGCACCACCAGACCCACGCCGACAUCUACCAUAUACAUCCCCACCACCACCUCCACCACCACCCAGUCCACUACCACCUGUGAACCCGAAGUGUGCUCCUGGAGCGAAUGGUUCGACGUCGACUUCCCCUCCUCGGGGCCCAGCCAGGGAGACUUCGAAACCUACCAGCACAUCCGGGCCGCCGGGAAGGAAGUCUGUCAACAUCCCAAGGAAAUAGACUGCCGGGCGGAGGACUACCCCGAGGUUUCCAUCGAAAAUAUCGGACAGGUCGUGCAGUGCGACGUCCACUUUGGACUGGUGUGCAAGAACGAAGACCAGACGGGCAAAGUCAGGAUGUGCUUCAACUACAAGAUCCGCGUCCUCUGCUGCAGCCCUAACUACAACUGCCCAACCACCAGCCCCGCGCACACCACCAGCCCCACCACCACCACCCCCCGCUCGUCAACCAGCACCGCCCCAACCUCCACCACCGUCACGACCUCCACCUCCACGUCCUACUCCACCACCACGGGGCCCACCUCCUCAGAAACCACACUGCAAACCUCCACCAGCACCACCAGACCCACGCCGACAUCUACCAUAUACAUCCCCACCACCACCUCCACCACCACCCAGUCCACUACCACCUGUGAACCCGAAGUGUGCUCCUGGAGCGAAUGGUUCGACGUCGACUUCCCCUCCUCGGGGCCCAGCCAGGGAGACUUCGAAACCUACCAGCACAUCCGGGCCGCCGGGAAGGAAGUCUGUCAACAUCCCAAGGAAAUAGACUGCCGGGCGGAGGACUAUCCCGAGGUUUCCAUCGAAAAUAUCGGACAGGUCGUGCAGUGCGACGUCCACUUUGGACUGGUGUGCAAGAACGAAGACCAGACGGGCAAAGUCAGGAUGUGCUUCAACUACAAGAUCCGCGUCCUCUGCUGCAGCCCUAACUACAACUGCCCAACCACCAGCCCCACGCACACCACCAGCCCCACCACCACCACCCCCCGCUCGUCAACCAGCACCGCCCCAACCUCCACCACCGUCACGACCUCCACCUCCACGUCCUACUCCACCACCACGGGGCCCACCUCCUCAGAAACCACACUGCAAACCUCCACCAGCACCACCAGACCCACGCUGACAUCUACCAUAUACAUCCCCACCACCACCUCCACCACCACCCAGUCCACUACCACCUGUGAACCCGAAGUGUGCUCCUGGAGCGAAUGGUUCGACGUCGACUUCCCCUCCUCGGGGCCCAGCCAGGGAGACUUCGAAACCUACCAGCACAUCCGGGCCGCCGGGAAGGAAGUCUGUCAACAUCCCAAGGAAAUAGACUGCCGGGCGGAGGACUACCCCGAGGUUUCCAUCGAAAAUAUCGGACAGGUCGUGCAGUGCGACGUCCACUUUGGACUGGUGUGCAAGAACGAAGACCAGACGGGCAAAGUCAGGAUGUGCUUCAACUACAAGAUCCGCGUCCUCUGCUGCAGCCCUAACUACAACUGCCCAACCACCAGCCCCGCGCACACCACCAGCCCCACCACCACCACCCCCCGCUCGUCAACCAGCACCGCCCCAACCUCCACCACCGUCACGACCUCCACCUCCACGUCCUACUCCACCACCACGGGGCCCACCUCCUCAGAAACCACACUGCAAACCUCCACCAGCACCACCAGACCCACGCCGACAUCUACCAUAUACAUCCCCACCACCACCUCCACCACCACCCAGUCCACUACCACCUGUGAACCCGAAGUGUGCUCCUGGAGCGAAUGGUUCGACGUCGACUUCCCCUCCUCGGGGCCCAGCCAGGGAGACUUCGAAACCUACCAGCACAUCCGGGCCGCCGGGAAGGAAGUCUGUCAACAUCCCAAGGAAAUAGACUGCCGGGCGGAGGACUACCCCGAGGUUUCCAUCGAAAAUAUCGGACAGGUCGUGCAGUGCGACGUCCACUUUGGACUGGUGUGCAAGAACGAAGACCAGACGGGCAAAGUCAGGAUGUGCUUCAACUACAAGAUCCGCGUCCUCUGCUGCAGCCCUAACUUCAACUGCCCAACCACCAGCCCCGCGCACACCACCAGCCCCACCACCACCACCCCCCGCUCGUCAACCAGCACCGCCCCAACCUCCACCACCGUCACGACCUCCACCUCCACGUCCUACUCCACCACCACGGGGCCCACCUCCUCAGAAACCACACUGCAAACCUCCACCAGCACCACCAGACCCACGCCGACAUCUACCAUAUACAUCCCCACCACCACCUCCACCACCACCCAGUCCACUACCACCUGUGAACCCGAAGUGUGCUCCUGGAGCGAAUGGUUCGACGUCGACUUCCCCUCCUCGGGGCCCAGCCAGGGAGACUUCGAAACCUACCAGCACAUCCGGGCCGCCGGGAAGGAAGUCUGUCAACAUCCCAAGGAAAUAGACUGCCGGGCGGAGGACUACCCCGAGGUUUCCAUCGAAAAUAUCGGACAGGUCGUGCAGUGCGACGUCCACUUUGGACUGGUGUGCAAGAACGAAGACCAGACGGCCCUAACUACAAGCCCAACCACCAGCCCCGCGCACACCACCAGCCCCACCACCACCACCCCCCGCUCGUCAACCAGCACCGCCCCAACCUCCACCACCGUCACGACCUCCACCUCCACGUCCUACUCCACCACCACGGGGCCCACCUCCUCAGAAACCACACUGCAAACCUCCACCAGCACCACCAGACCCACGCCGACAUCUACCAUAUACAUCCCCACCACCACCUCCACCACCACCCAGUCCACUACCACCUGUGAACCCGAAGUGUGCUCCUGGAGCGAAUGGUUCGACGUCGACUUCCCCUCCUCGGGGCCCAGCCAGGGAGACUUCGAAACCUACCAGCACAUCCGGGCCGCCGGGAAGGAAGUCUGUCAACAUCCCAAGGAAAUAGACUGCCGGGCGGAGGACUACCCCGAGGUUUCCAUCGAAAAUAUCGGACAGGUCGUGCAGUGCGACGUCCACUUUGGACUGGUGUGCAAGAACGAAGACCAGACGGGCAAAGUCAGGAUGUGCUUCAACUACAAGAUCCGCGUCCUCUGCUGCAGCCCUAACUACAACUGCCCAACCACCAGCCCCGCGCACACCACCAGCCCCACCACCACCACCCCCCGCUCGUCAACCAGCACCGCCCCAACCUCCACCACCGUCACGACCUCCACCUCCACGUCCUACUCCACCACCACGGGGCCCACCUCCUCAGAAACCACACUGCAAACCUCCACCAGCACCACCAGACCCACGCCGACAUCUACCAUAUACAUCCCCACCACCACCUCCACCACCACCCAGUCCACUACCACCUGUGAACCCGAAGUGUGCUCCUGGAGCGAAUGGUUCGACGUCGACUUCCCCUCCUCGGGGCCCAGCCAGGGAGACUUCGAAACCUACCAGCACAUCCGGGCCGCCGGGAAGGAAGUCUGUCAACAUCCCAAGGAAAUAGACUGCCGGGCGGAGGACUACCCCGAGGUUUCCAUCGAAAAUAUCGGACAGGUCGUGCAGUGCGACGUCCACUUUGGACUGGUGUGCAAGAACGAAGACCAGACGGGCAAAGUCAAGAUGUGCUUCAACUACAAGAUCCGCGUCCUCUGCUGCAGCCCUAACUACAACUGCCCAACCACCAGCCCCGCGCACACCACCAGCCCCACCACCACCACCCCCCGCUCGUCAACCAGCACCGCCCCAACCUCCACCACCGUCACGACCUCCACCUCCACGUCCUACUCCACCACCACGGGGCCCACCUCCUCAGAAACCACACUGCAAACCUCCACCAGCACCACCAGACCCACCCCCACCACCACCACCCCCCGCUCGUCAACCAGCACCGCCCCAACCUCCACCACCGUCACGACCUCCACCUCCACGUCCUACUCCACCACCACGGGGCCCACCUCCUCAGAAACCACACUGCAAACCUCCACCAGCACCACCAGACCCACGCCGACAUCUACCAUAUACAUCCCCACCACCACCUCCACCACCACCCAGUCCACUACCACCUGUGAACCCGAAGUGUGCUCCUGGAGCGAAUGGUUCGACGUCGACUUCCCCUCCUCGGGGCCCAGCCAGGGAGACUUCGAAACCUACCAGCACAUCCGGGCCGCCGGGAAGGAAGUCUGUCAACAUCCCAAGGAAAUAGACUGCCGGGCGGAGGACUACCCCGAGGUUUCCAUCGAAAAUAUCGGACAGGUCGUGCAGUGCGACGUCCACUUUGGACUGGUGUGCAAGAACGAAGACCAGACGGGCAAAGUCAGGAUGUGCUUCAACUACAAGAUCCGCGUCCUCUGCUGCAGCCCUAACUACAACUGCCCAACCACCAGCCCCGUGCAAACCACCAGCCCCGUGCAAACCACCAGCCUUACUACCAUUACUACCACACCUGAACCAUGCUGCACCAGCACUUCUUCUACCCCUAUAUCAACACCAUGUUUCUGUAAAAUUGGGGAUGCUAUUUUUUCACCUGGUGAUUUGAUUUACAGCAGAACGGAUAGUGAGGGAUGUAGAUUUUAUGCUAUCUGUAGUCCAACAUGUACAGUUGAACGACACACUGUGCAUUGUAACGUUACUACUCCUCUAACCACUACUUCCCCUGAAUGGUCAACUCUAACAACAACAGUUCCUCUGCCUACCACUUCUGUAAGACCUCCUGUUCAAGGUUGUGUUUCUGCUUCUUACCCUCCCCUACAGCCUGGACAAAAAUACAAAUUAUCCAACUGUACAGAACUCAUCUGUAAGGGAGACAACAAGGUAGAAGUAAUUCCAACGCACUGCCCACCUGUAAAGGAAAUUACCUGUGCAAACAAAUAUCCACCAAUACUGGUACCUGAUGAAAAUGGCUGCUGUUACCAAUAUGAGUGUCAAUGUGUGUGCAGUGGAUGGGGUGAUCCUCAUUAUAUUACUUUUGAUGGAAUCUACUAUACUUUCCUUGAAAACUGCACUUACGUCCUGGUGAAACAGAUUGUACCUAAAUAUGACAACUUCCGUGUUUACAUUGACAAUUAUUACUGCAAUGCAAAAGAUGGACUUUCCUGCCCUAAAUCCAUUAUUAUUUUCUACAAAUCUGCAAAAGUGGUGCUGACCCGUGAACUCAUGAAGGGUGUGAUGACCAAUGUGAUGUACUUCAACGAAAAGAUUGUCAAACCAGGCUUCAAAAAAGAUGGCAUUUCUUUCUCCACACUUGGCAUCAACAUGAUUGUUGACAUACCAGAGAUUGGUGCAACCAUCACCUUUAGCGGGCUGAUUUUCUCUGUGAAACUCCCAUACAGCAAAUUUGGCAACAACACCGAAGGACAGUGCGGAACAUGUACAAACAAUAAGCUAGAUGAAUGCCGCUUACCAAGUGGUAAGAUCAUUUCUUCCUGUCCCCAAAUGGCUCAUCACUGGAUCGUUGAUGACAACAAGUCAUGCCAUGGAGUACCAAUACCACCAGUUGUAACCACACCUCCACCAAGGCCUCAGUGUGAAACGCCUCCUCUCUGCAAGCUUAUCUGGAGCGAGAUUUUUGCAGAAUGCCAUGCUGUGAUACCACCAGAACCAUUUUUCAAAGGCUGUGUUUUUGAUGGAUGUCGCAUACUCAAUGAAUCCAUGGAGUGUUCCAGUUUGGAGAUAUAUGCUACUGAGUGUGCUGCUAGAGGUAUCUGCAUUGACUGGAGAGGAAAGACCAACAAUACAUGCCCAUACAACUGUCCAGCAGGCAUGGUAUACAAGCCAUGUGGGUCCAUUAAUCCUGCUACCUGUGACCCAAGCCUUGUUGAGCUUCCUGGCUAUGGAGUAACUGAAGGAUGUUUCUGUCCUGAAGGAAAGACACUCAUGCGUGAAGACAGCAGCAUCUGUGUCUCCGAAUGCUCUUGUAGGGAACCAAAUGGAGUAUCCAGAGAGCCUGGAGCUGUCAUUCCAUCAGGCCCCUGUGAAGAAUGCACCUGCCCUGAAUCCUCUUCCUCAAGCCCUCACCAUGCUACUGUCAAGUGCAAGCCUGUUAUCUGUGACACAUACUGCCCAGCGGCUGGAGAAAUCUGGAACCCACCUGAUGAUAACUGUACAACUUACAUGUGUGAAAAAUAUGACGACCAGUUCAUUCAAGUCAUCUUACAGAAAAGCUGUUCUGCCUUUAACCCUGAUGAAUGUGAUCCAGAUGACAUCAAGCUAUCUGAUGAUGGCUGCUGUAAAGAGUGCCAAUCAAAACGAAAGAGUUGUAUGAAGUACAAUACUACUACUGUCAUCAAAUAUCAUGGAUGUGUAUCUUCUGCACCUGUUGAGAUGACAUACUGUGAGGGCAGCUGUGAUGCUUACUCACGAUAUUCUCCAGAGGCGAACACGAUGGAACAUAAAUGCUCGUGUUGUCAGGAAAUCAAGACCAGCCGAAGAAAGGUGACUCUGACGUGCAGUGAUGGAACCUACCUUGAUCACUCAUACACCUAUGUGGAUGAAUGCAGCUGUGUGAGCGCUGAGUGCAUUCCCCAAGCCAGCACCCACCAGGCGACAAACCAGAUAAAGACCUCUCAGGAACAAGCAAAUGUCUAA